ACUUACCAGAGCCCCCUCCAUCACAUUGACUCUUUUUUCCACGCUCAAACGCCUCUGAAACGACGAAAAACCAUCAGUUCUCUCACUCGUCACGCUGUGCGUCCAUCCGCUGUUCACAGUUUCUGCUGUAAUGCCGACGACAAAUCUCCGUCCACGGGGCUGAUUGAAUGAGUGAGAGGACAGAUGGCUUUUCGUCGUUUAGAGGCGUCGAGCGGGCAGAAUUUUGCCCGCACUCGGUCAUCAAACGCCUGCAGCAAUCAGCCCCGUGACACUAACCCAGAUUCAUGUUCAUUCAUGGCCGCUUCAUCAUUAGGACAUGGGUUCUCAUCAUUCUUGCCCUCUCUGGUUCAAGCUUUUUGGUUGUUCUUCUCCGCCUCGCGCCAGAGCUUUUUUGCUCAUCAUGCAGAAGGUCCCGUUGUGUUCCCUCUUCCACAGAAGCCCUUUUGAGGGCCUCGUCCGUGAAUUCACUCUGGGCCAGACAGUUGGAGCUCAUUGAAACAUCCGAUUCGCUUCGGCCGCCUGAUCACUGUUAUGCGUAAGAAUUUCUUCAAUUUCAUCGAAAGAAACCACCAUUUUCUCCGGCUUUGCCGACUUGAAGCGGUUACGGUGGGCCGUGGAUUGAGAGCUUUUUCUAUCGCCACUGGCUGAAGUCACAUUGCGGAGACGCGAGCGUCGAAGAUAUUUUUCCUGCCGACUGGGCGAAUUGCAACCACAGUCAAAGGUUGUCGCAUGAAUUGAAGCGCUUGUAUAUUCCUGCAGCAUGGACGAAUAUCCAACAGCAAGGGUGCCCGGCAAAAAGCAUUAAUACACCAAACCACGGUUGACGUAUGUGGAUGUAUUAUGCAGAGGGUGUAGAGGAGAACGGCAUGGGCUUCGACAAGGGAAUCACAAAGCCCUCGCGCUUCUGCAGAGAAUGGGAGAUGCCAAGGCGUAUACUGUCCUUCAGGUAGGAAUAAAUCAAAUACAGAAUGGCUUUCACUCGGCCGUUGCUCAACAGGAUGCCAACGGCAUCAGCAAGUUUCUUCGCACUAAUGUUUCCGAGAAUAUCCGUGUCUUCGACGCAGGUUCCAAUGAGCGUGUGACCAAGUUUGAUUUUUAAUCUUGUGACUUUGCAGGUGGAUCAUGCAAAGGGGUCAAAGAUUGUGUCGCAAUUCCUCUCAUCAAGGGAGAACUCAAGUACCAAGACAGGAUAGGAAUGUGAUGCAAAUGCGAAAUUUAUUGGCUGGUUCGGUGUGCAGGCCAACCAGUAGAGUACGCGAUAUUUGGUUCUCCUCUGUAAUCAAGAGAACGGAUUUCCCUGUUCGGCGGGCAGUUUACUCCACCCUUCCAACAAAAGCAAUCCGAGACCCUGACUUACAAAGCCCUACUGCUUGGGUAAGGGGUGUGUGCACAAAUCGGAUUAAAAAAAAGAAAAAACACUGACCGCUAACAUUUUGUCCUUAGAACAAGUCCAUUAUGCUGCACUACAAUGGUAAACGUUUUGCUGAGGUAAUGGAGCGUUCCAUUUUUACCCUUGCGGCACGAGGAUUCGGACGCACGUCGUUCAGGUCUGCACACACAGCCACUUCCGCACAGGAAUCACCGUAUUUGUGUGUCUGAUCAGAAUGUAUGAGGCCAUCCAAUCAGGGAGCAUUCCGGUCUACGUUUGGGACGAUGUUGAGUGGUUGCCCUAUCGUGAUGUUCAAGGGUUUCGAUGGACAGACAUCGGCCUGUCCUUCAGUAAGAAAGAUAUCCAGACAAUUUUGCCAACCCUUCGUUCUCUCUCAGACAAUGAGAUCCGUAGGAAACAGGCUAAUUUGAGGUGUUUUCGUUUUUGGUUCACGUAUGAGGGAGUCAGCGAGUAUAUCCUAAGACAGGCAAAUGAAGAGACUGUCUCAUUCCGUCCAUGUGCGGGGCUGUUGAUAUAGUAUCUGAGACGAAUUCGUUAUCAUUAGAAACGGACUUUCUCGGAGUGAAAGGUACGACCAGCUUCGUCAGGGUGCGAGUCCUCCCAUGAAGAAGAA